AUGACAGAGUGCGGGAGUCAGGAAGAACGGCGUGAGCGUUUAGAGUGCUGGAGGCGGCUGCAGUGGGCUGCUAUUGGGCUCAACAGAAUUAACAUAUUUUUGAAAAUUAAUGGAGAAAGAAAGGAGGGGUCCACACUGGGGGCCCGCCAUGUUGUCACGUCGGCUGACACAUCAGCAAGUGCUGACGUGGCACCUGCCAUGCAUGUCAGCGGUGGAGGGCCACUCCCAGGUUGCCACGAUCUCGAUAGUUUGGUGGAGGCUGCACUUUUAUAUUAUGGUAGGAAGAAUGUCUUGAGUAAUAUACAGAUUCCUUUGAGAUUGGAGAAGGAUAAUGAUCCUCGCUUGUUGGCAUCACCUUUGAAGUUCCAUGUGACAAUAGUAAAGGAUGCACAUGAAGCUUUAAGCAUGCUUCAGAAUAAAUCUUUUGACCUCGUUAUAACGGAUGUUCAUAUGCCAAAAAUGGAUGGUUUGAAACUUCAAGAACGCAUAAAUCAAGAUUUUAAUUUGCCAGUUAUCUUGAUAUCAGCCGAUAGCAGAGCUGAAGUUAUGUGCAUGGGCAUCAACAACGGGGCUCAACGUUUCUUUGUCAAGCCUAUAGUGGAAGAUGACCUCAAAGAUAUAUGGCAGUUCAUUGAGUGGGGGAAAAGGAAUAGGAAUAAUAACACCAUUCGAGGCACACAAAUUAAUGAAAGCUCUGAAGAGAGUCGGACAGUGAUUGACAGUCACAAAGACAAUGAUAAUACAACUGGGAAAAGGAGAGAGAAACUUGUUUGGACAUGUGAGCUCCACAGCCGUUUUGUUGAAGCUAUUUUAAUCAUCGGUUAUCAUAGAGCUGUACCUGCAAAUAUUUUGGGGGUCAUGAAUGUAGAAGGAUUAACGAGAGGACAUAUAGCGAGUCACCUACAGAAAUAUCAGAAGUUCCUCGAACGUGUGUUGGCUGGGGAGAAAAAUAUUGAAUUUUCUAAUUGGACAGAUCUUAACUACUAUUCUAGUUUUGUUAAGGGAAAUCCAAACUUAGUGUUGCUAAAUCUGCUCAGAGAUGAGCAGAUGAAAGGCAACCUGGCAGCUCAAAAUCCUCUACGGUUACAGAAGGAAGGAACUUCAGCUCGAGCUCCUAAUGGAUCGUCGUCAUCAUUCCAUCCGUUGCCACAACUUACACUAGUGAGGUCUUCAAGUAGAACUAUAUAUGAAACUUUUCGGCAAAAAAAUUACUGUUCUGAGAAUGUGGCUUCAUGUGGGCUCCGAAGUGCAACUUCACCCAUACUAGGAAAUAAGCACAGAGAUCCGGGUAUGGACAUUUCAUUGUGUGCAAAUCAAUUUGGAAACACCUCAACAAUGAAUGCACAUGAACUUGGAGGUGAAAAUUUGACUGAUGAAAGCUGGUUCAACAACAUUGGGAGAGAGGAUGACAAUGACUACUCGCUGAAUAUUGAGAAUGAUGAGGAUGUAGAUGCGAACAAAGACCUUAAUCCCGAAGGAGAUUUAUAA